AUGAAACCCGCAGCUGUGUCACAGUCGAUCUCUCGGCUGGCUAACAUCGACGAGGCGGCUCUGAGGAAAGCGGCCGAGACCACCGAAGUCCUGCUGGAGCACGAGAAGGAGUGGAAGCUCGGGAAAUGCAUCCUUCGCUUCCCCGAGAUCCUCCAGAAGAUCCUGGACGACCUGCUGCUGCACACGCUCUGCGACUUCCUGUACGAGCUCGCCACCACCUUCACCGAGUUCUACGACAGCUGCUACUGCGUGGAGAAGGACCGGCAGACAGGUGAAGUGGUGAAGGUGAACAUGUGGAGGAUGCUGCUCUGUGAAGCCACGGCAGCCAUCAUGGCCAAAGGUUUCGACAUCCUGGGCAUCGAGCCCGUCCACAGGAUGUGAUGUCACAGGAGGAACGAAGACGGCGAUGACGAGUUACGAUAAACUCACUCACACAUCCAAUAGAACCAAACUCACCGGACACUAGGAGUCCAUCCCAGGAAGGAAGGAAUCCUCUCGUUCAGUCCGUUCAUAAACAUGUUAUAAAGGAUCUUUUUUUUUUAUUAUCAUUAUUAAAGAGCCGAUAUGAAGCCAAA